ACACACACACACACGUUACAAGUUCAGGCUGCGUGCAGCGCGCGCAGGGCUCGGAGAGGAGGAGGAGGAGGAACCAGAAAUCUUCCCUCAUUUACUUAACAUCACUUCCCCACCGCCGGGAUAGCAAACAGGCUCCUGAAGCUGCAGCGGAAGAGAGGCGAUACCGACGUGCGUUGAGUGUCCGCGGAAGGCCGUCAGCACCUGGAGCCUCUCGACCGGGAGAGCCUGCGCCUCUUCGUGCGUCCUCUUCUUCCUCUUGUUUAUUCUCAGGAGCUGCGAGUCCCCCGGAGCGCUCACUUUGUCAACUGGUGUUGGCCGGGACACUUGCGAGAGGCGUGCGGGCUCCUCUGGGCAUGGGGACGACGGCUCUGACUGAGAACCGGAUUGUUUUCCUGCUUUCUGAAUAAUGGAGAGUUGACGGCUUGAGAGGAACCUGACUAACAGCAGUGUGACGGGAUAUAGAGGAUAAAGCUCUCUCUCUCUACAGAGUCAGGGCUUCUGAGCAUCCAUUUCAAACUCAUCCUACCUACUGCAGAUCAGCUGACGGGGAGACGAGUCAUGGCUGCUUAUGGGCAGACUCAGUACAGCCCGGCCCUCCAGACUGCGGGGCCGUACGCGCCGUACACUCACCACACACAGGGCUACAGCAUGCCAUCUUACAACAUUAAAACAGAAGACGGCCUGAGUCAUUCUCCGGGGCAGACGGGAAUACUGGGCUACUCAAACUUCAGCAGCACUCCUCCCAGUCAGAGUCUCUACAGCUACGCGCACACACACGGUGGCGGUAUUUCAUCUGGAAUUUUUCAAGGCACCCACGCUAUCUCAAGUUCGACCCCAUUCAACUCGACCCAGCAAGAGUUUUCAGCGUACUCAAGCUACAGUCCGAGUCAGUACUCUCCGUAUUAUAACUCUCAUCACUACAACAGCCCCUACCUAUCCAGCAGCAACAUCAGCCCUGCUGCCAUCACAGCUCCGUUAGCCUAUCAGCAUCCAGAACACCCCGUAAUGCUGCCCAAUCACAGCCCAGAGUCACACACAGGAGAGUACCACCCACCGCCCAGCCCCCCCACACCAGGUAAAGAGGAGGUCCCAGCACGAAGGGGGUCAGAUGGGAAGUUGAGGGGGAGGAAAAGAGUCAGUGACCCUGCUCCACCUCUGGAUUCUGAUAUGGAGCGUGUGUUUAUCUGGGACCUGGAUGAAACCAUCAUCAUUUUCCAUUCGCUCCUCACGGGAACCUUCUCCUCACGAUUUGGCAAGGACUCCUCAAAGGCUGUGUCUCUUGGUUUGUGGAUGGAGGAGAUGAUCUUCAACCUGGCCGACUCGAGACUCUUCUUCAAUGACUUGGAGGAAUGUGACCAGGUUCAUAUUGAUGACGUGGCAUCAGACGACAACGGACAGGACCUGAGCACUUACAACUUUGGGUCGGACGGCUUCCAGAGCCCAGCGGGGGCCGGCUCUCUGUGCCUGGGGUCAGGAGUCCACGGAGGGGUGGACUGGAUGAGGAAACUGGCUUUCAGAUACCGCAGAGUCAAGGAGAUCUACAACACCUACAAGAAUAAUGUUGGAGGUUUGCUGGGCAGCCCCAAGAGAGAGGAGUGGUUACAGCUGAGGAGAGAGAUGGAGGUCCUGACUGACCUGUGGCUGACUCAAGCACUCAAAGCCUUGGCUGUCAUCAACUCGAGGCCUAACUGUGUGAAUGUGUUGGUAACCACCACCCAGCUCAUCCCGGCCCUCUCCAAAGUGUUACUGUACGGUCUGGGCUCAGCUUUCCCAAUAGAGAACAUAUACAGUGCCACCAAGACAGGCAAAGAGAGCUGUUUUGAGCGUGUCUCUCAGAGGUUCGGUCGGAGAGCAGUGUACGUGGUGAUAGGAGAUGGAGCCGAAGAAGAGUCCGUGGCCAAGAAGAAGAACAUGCCGUUCUGGAGGGUGUCCUGUCGAGCAGAUCUCGAGGCUCUGAGCCAUGCACUGGAGCUGGACUACCUCUAGAGGGCGCCAGCUGUCACGCUCUGCUCUUCCACCUAAAUCACGAGAAGCUCCUGAACUCCCUGAGUGCAGCUCGUAGGUGAAGCUGCUCCCAGAAACUGAUACAGUCUCACUUCAGGUUUGGCACAAGGCAUUUGAUCCCGAACGAGCACCCAGGAGGACGAUUUCCCUUCAAAGCCAAAGGAACUGUGAGGAUUUCGAAGCGAGGCGGCAGUCUAUCCAAGACACAUGAACCCAAAAGGUGCUGGACCAAAAUACAAGACCAAAGACAAAUAAGGGACCAAUGCCUUAUAACUAACCCCAGGGAACUAUGGUUAAUACUGCAACUAUUUUUUUUUUUUAAAAAGACCUUUUUCCUUUUUUAAAUUCUGUUCAUCUCAACUUCAUAAAAGGUGUCCCACUUUUGUACACAAAAAAAAGUGAUGCACUGAAUGCAAAAUUGUACAUCCUGUUUAUUGAACACAGUGAGUAUGUCUGCAUGGAUUAAAAGUUCAGAUUGUUGUUAGAUUGUUCGUUCUGCUGUGUUGUGAGACUAAACCCAUUUUCCACUGACCAAUACCAUUUUAAAGACACAAUUGGAAACAAGACUUAAAGAUAUGAUGUCACGCGGGGCAGAUUAUUGCCUUUAUUAUUAUUUUAGAAUUGUUUUAUUCACAUUGGCUAUAAAAAUGUCAGAUAUUAUGCUCCUCAUGUGUAGAGGCUAUUUAAAAUAGUCUGAUUGUAUUUUACCAUUAUAAUGUGAGCUAUUUAUUAUUGGGUAAAUUUACAACACAAUGAGGUAUAAACAGUUUGGGAGCGCAGCAAAACAAUAUCCCCUUCCCCUUCUUUACAAGACCAAAACUAUGCUCUUGUAAAAAUGUUUUGAUAAGAAAUUGUCUUGAAGAUGUUGUAUUAUAGGCCGGUGCUUGAAUCCUUACUUUUGAUUCUGGGUUGUACAUGUUGUUAUGUGCUAACUCUUCUUCUUUUCUCUCCCGGUGUAAUUUCCUAAUAACCUGUUUGUAAUAUAGAUGAACUGGUUGUGCAUGUGCCGAUUAUACUGCCUGUCAGCUUAGCUAUGAUUUGUAUAUAAUGCUUUAUUGUCGAUUUGUUUGUGACAGACAGUUAAAAUAGAUUAAUACAAAAUAAAUUAA